UCUCUGCAGUGCACUCAGCCGCUGUGCUCUCCUCUCGGCUGAGUGGAAACAUCAUGUGUGUGUGGGACGCCCAGAAGAACUGCUCUGUUUCUCCAAAACCAGAAUAGACAGUUGAGGACGGAGCGAGGAGGGAAGAGGACGCAGAAUGGACUUGACCAGAAACUUGGAAUAGAGGACGUAGAAAAGAGGAACCAAAAGACACCGAAAGUGGAGCAUUGUUGAGGACGGUUUUUAUCUAUUUGAUCCUACCACCUCAAACCUGGCUAUGCCAUGCUGGCCCAGAGGAACGGGCUCCCUCCAGGCUGUAAGCCUGUUCCUCUGAAGGAUCACCCAGACCUGCGGGAUGUGGACGUGAACGCUGAAGGAUGCUGCUCCCUCUCUCCUUCCCCAUCAUCCGGAGGGUGUCCCUGGGCUCGGUUGGCCGGGGUGGACGGCUGCCUGUCGGAGCCGUACUGCCUCUGGUUCCAGCUUUUGGCCAGAGCUUACUGGGGAGAGGUGGAAUUGGGGCUCACCAGUCCUAAUCGCAACGUGUCAUGGGCUCGGCUCAGAGAAGCCUCCAGGAAGAACUGUGUCCGAUCUCGGGCCAAGCAGAAGGAUGGGCGCGAUCAGAGCGAGGCGUCGGCUUUGGCUUCUCCCGGGCCCGAGGAGGAGCCUUUUUCCUGGCCGGGGCCCAAGACGCUUCACCUGCACCGAACCUCCCAGGGCUUCGGCUUCACACUGCGACACUUCAUCGUCUACCCGCCUGAGUCUGCUGUCCACAACUCUCUGAAGGAUGAAGAGAAUGGCAGCCGAGGGAGACAGCGGAACCGUCUGGAGCCAAUGGACACCAUUUUCGUCAAGCAAGUGAAGGAGGGAGGCCCCGCCCACGGAGCUGGACUCUGUACAGGGGACCGGAUAGUGAAGGUGAAUGGAGAGAGCAUCAUUGGGAAGACCUACUCGCAAGUCAUAGCCUUGAUCCAGAACAGCGAUGCCUCACUGGAACUCUGUGUGAUGCCAAAGGAUGAGGACAUUUUGCAGCUGUUUUCCAGGGAUAUCACUGCACUGGCGUAUUCCCAGGAUGCAUACCUCAAAGGAAAUGAUGCGUACAGCGGAAAUGCCCAGAACAUCCCGGAGCCCCCUCCCAUAUGCUACCCUCGGAUAGAAGUUAAGACUGCAGGCAUGGCUCAGACGUCAGAGCCAGCCAAAGUAACUGAGACCCCCCGAGGGCCGGCUCAGGGACCAGGAAGACGAGGGGGAGCCACGGAAAAGAGCUACCGGGUUGAAAUCCCUGUUCCACCAUCGCCUCCGCCCCAACAGACGUCAAAGUCUCAGACAGUGGUAUGUGUCUGUAAUGAGAAUGUGAGGACAGUGGCCAUGCUGCCUGAUCCAGUUGACAGGGGGUCCCGGGUGGCUCGGGCCGGACCCAGCCACAGGACAGAGGAAAACCGGUAUAGCCCUUCAGCAGAUUCUGGCUCAGCUAGACCGAGACCCCUUAUUCCCUCCGUACCUGGGGGUGCACAGUUGCAGUACCCCUUGUCUCGUUCCACAGAAAGCCCACUCUACCCCGCUUCAUCAAGACCUGACCCAAUCUAUCCUGACACAUUAGCUCCACCAGUACGGGCCACCACUGCCUCACCGGACACAUUCUCCACUGACAUCUCGCCCAGCGCCAACCACUACUCACCCUCUCCCACAGCCCCUUCCACCUCUCCACACCAGAACAUUGACUGGAAAAACUACACCACCUAUAAGGACUAUAUUGAUGCCAAGAGGCUGCACACAUACGGCUGCCGCACCAUCCAGGAACGCUUGGACAGCUUGCGUGCAGCUGCAAAUUCCAGUUCUGCCUACGCCCAGCAACGUACACCACCUCCUCCAAGCGCUAGUCAAAGAGGGGCACUGGGCUCCCAGGUCAGAAGAAGAAGCACCUCCAAUGACCGUGGUGUGGAUAAAGGUAGCCAGGGUACUGUGGUGACUCCUUUACGUAGCGUCUCACAAGAGAGGCUUGGAAGUGGAGCAGAGAGGACAGCGCCGAUCAGGAAUUGGCCUCGGAGUGUUUCAGAGGAUGCUCUGCCUUUCUCCACCCCCACUGGAGUCCCCAAACCUCGGGCGCGGUCUUGUGACUACCUGGGGCAGCAACCUGCAGAGCCAGGUGGGUUGGCUGUCUUUGGAGAUAGAGUGGCGUUGGAGGACAGGCUGCUGCUGUGUCGGGGAGAGGAAGCCAGAGCGAGCAGGCAGGGGACAGGCCUGAGAGCGCUACCUCAUCUGAACAGGAGUCUCACUGGACAGGAAGAUGAAGGACGAGGAGGUGGAUUAUCUAAUUCGCCUUUAGCUGCUCCUGUGUUUACUAAAGGUACGACAGAUUCUGUACUAACCCCAAGGGCAGACAGUGUCAUAUUGAGACCAUCACGUUUGCCUGUCAAAAACUCCAUCUCAGAACCUUCACCUGCCUUAUCCUCCACUAAAACCACAGACCCUCUUAAAGACCAAAGAGCUAACAUCGUGGGCAACCACCUGGGCUACUCCUCGCCUCUGCACCUGCAGCUCAGGGGCAGGGCAGAUAGUCUGAAAAUGGAGAGCAGGUCAGAGGCUGGGUUGGCAGUCAGGUCCUCCUCCUGCUCUGGUUCCUCCUCCAGACUGCCCCUGCAGAAACAACUACAAAGUGUGGUCACUGCCUCUUCCUCUGGUUCCUCCACCACCAAUGGAGCUGUCACCCAAAAGCCAAAAGUCAGAGAAAUCUCCAGCACCCUUGUACGGACUAAUGGCGGGCUUGCAGAGAGCGUGGAAGGACCAGAUGCAACAGUCGUUGUCCUAAGAAGGGACAAAAACUCUGCACCUCCCCACAUCCGCCCUCCAUCCUAUGUACUAGCUGUUAAUGACAACCAGGGAGGAGUGACUCACAAGUCACCAACAUUAGUGAAGGCAGGCUCUGCAGAUGGAGCUAUGUGCUGGACAUCUAAUGACAGCUUUAGGGAGAUGCAUCUAAGAAGGCUCGGAGACACACGACACAAGUCUGGCUCCAACAAUUUGGACGACUCCCUGGAUUCAAUCCCCUUCAUAGAUGAACCAUCUAGUCCCAGUACUGAUCAGGACAGCACACACAUUCCUGCCUCAGCUGUUAUAUCUACAACGCCCAUCAUCACCACCAUCCCACCCAGCCCCACCUCUCCGUCCCCUCUCAUUCGACGCCAGUUGUCACAUGACCAAGAUUCUCUCCGUCUCACAAUUAUUGAGUCAGAUUCUGGUUCUAAAACAGAGCGGUCCAAGUCAUAUGAUGAAGGCCUGGAUAACUACCGGGAAGAAAGCAGAGGGAGGUCCUUAAUACCUGGUCUGAAAAGUCUGCGGAAGGGGGUGGACAGAUCAUCAGAUGAUUCAGGGUCCAGGAGGGAUUCUACAUCCGACGUCUUCUGCGACGCCACCAAGGAGGGUUUGCUGCAUUUCAAGCAGCUCAGCACAGACAAGGGCAAGCGUGUCGGAGGAGGUAUGCGACCGUGGAAACAGAUGUACGCCGUGUUGAGAGGCCACUACCUCUGCCUAUAUAAAGACAAAAAGGAGGGACAGGCUCAUGCCAACUGCCAAGCAGUGGACGAGCCCCUGCCUAUCAGCAUCAAGGCCUGUCUGAUUGACAUCUCAUACAGCGACACAAAGCGUAAAAACGUGCUGCGGCUGACCACGUCGGACUGCGAGUACCUGUUCCAGGCUGAGGACCGCGAGGACAUGCUGGCCUGGAUCAGAGUCAUACAGGAGAGCAGCAACCUGGAUGAGGAGAACGCGGCCUUCACGAGCCAUGACCUCAUCAGCAGGAAGAUCAAGGAGUACAACACCUUGAUGAGUCCGACAGGCAGCAAGACGGAGCCAUCACCCAAACCUUCACGCCAGUCACUGAGCAUCAGACAGACGCUGCUGGGAGGUAAAGGAGAGACCAAAGCAACAAGUCCACUCACACCCAAACCUGAGCAGGAGAAGAAGAACAUGCACAAAGAUGACACCAGCCCUCCCAAGGAUAAAGGGACAUGGAGGAAAGGCAUCCCGGGGCUGAUGAGGAAACCUUUCGAGAAGAAGCCGUCUCCUGGAGUCACGUUUGGAGUGAGGCUGGACGACUGUCCUCCUGCACAGACCAACAAGUUUGUGCCUCUGAUCGUGGAGGUGUGCUGUAAGCUGGUGGAGGAGAGGGGGUUGGAGUACACAGGCAUCUACAGAGUCCCAGGAAACAACGCAGCCAUCUCCAACAUGCAGGAGGAGCUCAAUAACAAGGGCAUGAACGAUAUCGAUAUCCAGGACGAUAAAUGGAGGGACCUCAAUGUGAUCAGCAGUUUACUCAAGUCCUUCUUCCGAAAACUUCCAGAGCCAUUGUUCACCAAUGAAAAGUAUGCAGAUUUUAUAGACGCCAACAGAACAGAGGACCCAGUGGAGCGACUCAAAGUGCUCAAGAGGCUGCUUCAUGAGUUGCCAGAUCAUCAUUACGAGACCCUCAAGUUCCUCUCGGCUCAUCUCAAAACUGUGGCAGAAAACUCAGAGAAGAAUAAGAUGGAACCAAGGAACCUGGCCAUCGUGUUCGGUCCCACUCUGGUGCGCACCACAGAGGACAACAUGACCCACAUGGUGACACACAUGCCAGAUCAGUACAGGAUAGUGGAGGCCCUCAUUCAAAAUUACGACUGGUUUUUCACUGAAGAUGGAAACGAAGAUCCAGUGACUGUGUCCCACGAGGAGAGCGCGGUGGAGUCUCAACCCGUCCCCAACAUCGACCACCUGCUCACCAAUAUCGGCCGUACGGGCACAUCACAGGAUUCACCGACUAGUGACUCAGCUAAAUCAAAGGGUUCCUGGGGCUCAGGGAAGGACCAGUGCAGCCGAGAGCUCCUGGUCUCCUCCAUCUUUGCUGCAGCCAGUCGCAAAAGAAAGAAGUCAAAGGAGAAGCCGCAGCCUAGCAGCUCAGAUGACGAUCUGGAUGCUGUGUUCCCCAAGAAGGAAAUCCCCAGCCAGAAGCCGAACCACCACGGCCUCCAGACUGAGGUGCAGAGAGAGACUCGCCCCAGCCCCAAUGCAAAACCCAACGCAAAGCAACCAGCGCAAGCAGAGGAGAGGAAAGAGAACGGGAGGAAUGUGGAGCUCACACCUAAAGUCAAGAGAGAACAUAGAAACUCCUUAUUCCUGAAGGACAAGACUCCACCCAGACACCCCUCACCUGUCCCCUCCCCAUCCCCAAAUAUCCCUGGCUACCAAACUGCUCCUCAGGCGAAGUCCUCCCUGUCGGAUCCCCCGUCCCAGCUGGAUGAAAACACCUCAGACCUUGGGACCAUGAGCUCUGGAGCAUCUGUGUCCCGAUCAAGACCGAAGAAGUGGACCGGAGCAGCCCCUGAUCUUCCUGCAGGAGCAAUUGUCGGACUGGCAGCAGGUCCAGGGGCAUCUGCCGGUGCAGAAGUGAGCUCCAUCACCUCUGACUACUCCACCACUUCUUCCAUCACCUUCUUGACCGGAGCGGAGUCCAGCGCACUCAGUCCGGAGCUGCAGGGUGGGGAGGAGGCAGAUGACGAACGCAGCGAGCUCAUUAGUGAGGGACGACCCAUGGAGACGGACAGUGAGAGCGACUUCCCUGUUUUUGCCCCGGGCGGUGGCAGCAGCCAGUCUACACCCUGCCCAGAGCAGAGUCUGGAAAAGGCUGAACAAAGAGGAGGUGGAGGAGCUGAGGGGAGCACCACACCAAAAAUGGAAGCGCGGCGGCUUUUUCCGACACACAGGAUGAUUGAGUGUGACACCCUCUCCAGAAGGUGGUCCCUCAGACAGAAAACAGACAGUGAGUCAUCAGUGGAGGGUGUUGCCGGCAGUGGGGAGCGUGGAGAAGGGAGAGCGGAGUCCUCAACGCGUCUCUCUCGAGUGCUGGAAGUGAUGAAGAAAGGGCGGUCCACGAGCAGCCUCAGCUCAUCCUCACGCAGCGAGUCGGAGCGUCCUGAACCAGCCUGGCACCUUAAGAUCACAGAGCGGCUCAAAUUCAGGUUACGCACAUCUGCCGACGACAUGUUCACCCAAAAGAACCGAGGUUCAGACGCUCGUGGGAAGAAGAAGAACAUCCGCCGAAGGCACACCAUGGGCGGACAGAGAGACUUCGCAGAGCUGGCGGUCAUCAACGACUGGAGGGAGCAGGGCGGGGUGGACCAGGCGGCUGAACUGUCAGCUCUGGACCGCCUCAAGCCCAGGUGUUCCUCUCAGGACUUCUCCAUCCGGGACUGGAUCGCUAGAGAGCGGAGCAGGGGCUCCGAUUCAAGCGUUGAGGUCGCACCCAAAGCAGUUCCCGAGGACGAUCGUCCAGAAGCCCAGGACGCAGCUCCGACAUCUGCAUCACCGGCCGUGCAGCCGCUAGCGGGGGAGCACGUUAAUGGUAGCGGGCUGCAGGGCAAAAACAAAUCCAGCCUCGGGGCGGACGCUCACCCACACAAACUGUCUGGGGCGCAAGUCGUCCGCUCACGGUUCUACCAGUAUCUGUGACGACGGCAAGAGCGGGCUUGUCUGGUGUGUUUGUGAGGAAUAAAAAAAAACUGAAUGAAUGCGUAAAUGUACGAAUGUGGGUAUUUUAGCUAAGGUUACUGCACAAUAUUUUUUCUACAAAGUAUACUUUAUGUAUCUACUGUACAUACUGUGUAUAGGCUUAUGUGAUUGUUACUGGAAUAAUGCUGAAGAGAUGUUUAUGUGUGUAAUUCCACUGACUUGUUGGCCAUACUGGAACAGACACAGACAAAACUUGGACUUCCUCCUGCAACAUCGAACCCUGCAAACGCAAGAAUGUGACUUUGCUGUCGAUAGGUUGUGUCAGUGGGACAGGAAACAGACUCUGGAAUGUUUUACAGCACUAAUGAAAAGUAACAGGGUCAACGUGACUGUUACUGAAUGCAGGAGGAGGAUUUAUUUUAAGGAAUCAUGGAUCAGUUCUUCCUAUUAUAAGCGGUAUGAAGAAUGUAUUACUCUCUCUGGACUAACACUAGUUGCUUGUGACAAUAUUGUCAAUUCAAAACAAUAUGUAUGUUUUUAUUUUGCCUGUACUUGAAGUAUGUGGAUGUAACUGAGGGCUGCUUUCUGAGCUGCGUGCUGUGGGAAGUUUCUUUUUUCACAGCACAAGUCACAACAGCCAGAUAUUAGCUUGAUGGACUGGAAGAUUAUUAUAGUUUUAUCAAAUAAAGACUGAAAAAAAAACAGUAAUAAAAUGCUGAUACUAUAGUAUGUAAUGCUUGGUACAGUAGUUUAUUUCCAAACUUUGUCCAGUUAUAGUCCAAAAAAAGUAUGUUUUUACACAUUGUUUUUAUCUCGAAAAGAAAAAGUGCCUCUUUUUUUUCCUUUUUUUAAAAACUGUUUUUACCGACAGUUGACAAAACAUUUUUAGGAGAAAAGAAUCUCACAGGCAUUCCAGAGAUGUUUUUUGUUGUUGUGGGGUCUUUUCCUGUUUUUAGUUCAAACUCACGUCAACAUCAGAGCAUUCAAAUGUAUGUUAGUGUCUGUGUUACAUUUAUAGGUUGACUUCAUUUUUUUCCCUCCUCUGUAUUUUUCGAGUACAUGGGCGCUUAAACCCUGGGAGAAGAAAAAAACAACAGUUAUAACUGCAUGAGACAAUGUUUUCUGAACAGUGAACAUCUCACCUGUGUACAAAUAAACAUGGGUGCAAUGCCCUCCCUCAACAAACACUGGAAAUAAAUAAUCUUUAUUAGA